CGCUCUCUCUUUCAACUUCUUUCCUCUGCUCGGCCCCUCCCAUCCUCGAGCUCUCCUCCACGUUGGCCUCACGUUCGCGGUUCGCGUAUCACAAGCCGACAACACCAUAUGCGUUUACAUGCUAUUGCUCACUGUUUCAUUUCCAAAGUCAAAAGCCUAACACCCUUUCCUUCGCCAAAGUUCGGCCACCACUCUUCAGUUUUCACGGCUUCGAAAUGAUGUACUGCAAUUUUGAUAAAGUUUAUAUGUCUUUCAUGUGAGACGCAGUACUAAAACAUAAUAAAUACAGUGGCGUUAUGAUAAUAACUCUAUUCUAGACAUUCUCAUCAAAUCCGAGGUACUAUUCAACGGGAGAGCAAGGGAUGAUCGCAGCAUCGCGAACCCCGCCACAUAUAUUUCUAUGAUUUUAUUGACGUGAUCAAGGAAUCGGAAGAAGGGUGUUUUGGUGCUGCCAUGUCGGGUAUUUUCACGAGACCCUCAUGGGCAGUGAUGUUUCUAUUGUUGGCUCUGGUAACGUUUGUCUCGCUCCAGCAUCCCGAGAUGACGGUUUUUUUAAUGCGGUUACGUUCGAGUUCGUCGGAAGCCGAAACCGGCGCGUCAAUGGAUUCUCAGAGCUGCUCCAGGUUUUUUCAGGGUGUCACCGGAAGAAGGUUUGUUAUGUCGAUCAAGGAUUUUGGCGGCGUUGGUGAUGGGAAGAUUUCGAAUACCGAAUCGUUUAGGAAGGCAAUCCGAUACAUGCAGCGUUUCGGAGGUAUGGGGGGGUCCCAGCUGAAUAUUCCCAGAGGAAGAUGGCUCACUGGAAGUUUUAAUCUCACCAGUAAUUUCACGCUUUUUCUUGAAGAAGGAGCUGUUGUUUUGGGUUCUCAGGAUCCAAAAGAGUGGCCUGUAAUUGAGCCUUUGCCAUCCUACGGAAGAGGGAGAGAGAGGUUUGGAGGAAGACAUAUUAGCCUUAUACAUGGAAAUGGCCUUCAAAAUGUUGUCAUCACAGGACAAAAUGGGACAGUUGAUGGUCAGGGAAACAUUUGGUGGGAACUUUGGUGGAACAAAACACUGGAGCACACAAGAGGUCACCUCCUUGAGCUAAUGAACUCGGAAAAUGUUCUGGUCUCAAACCUCACCUUUCGAAAUUCUCCCUUCUGGACCAUCCAUCCCAUUUACUGCAGAAAUGUUGUUAUCCAAGGGAUGACAAUCUUGGCUCCUUUCAAUGCCCCGAAUACUGAUGGCAUAGACCCAGACUCAAGUACCAACGUGUGCAUUGAAGAUAACUACAUAGAAAGUGGAGAUGAUCUUGUAGCCAUCAAAAGUGGAUGGGAUCAAUACGGAAUCACCAUGGCCCGUCCAAGUACCUAUAUUGUAGUGAGGAGAGUUUCAGGCACGACGCCAACUUGUUCUGGUGUAGGAAUAGGCAGUGAGAUGUCUGGUGGAAUUUCAAAUAUAACAAUUCAGGAUUUGCAUGUUUGGAAUUCUGCAGCUGGUGUGCGUAUAAAAUCUGAUUAUGGUAGAGGAGGUUAUAUAGCAAAUGUCACCAUUAGUGACAUUAGAAUGGAGAGAGUCAAGAUACCCAUCAAGUUUAGCAGGGGUUCAAAUGACCAUCCGGAUGAUGGGUGGGAUCCUAAAGCAGUUCCCAAGUUUAAGGGCAUUUUAAUCAGUAACGUGACAAGUGUAGUUUCAGCAAAAGCUGCACUUUUGGAAGGUAUAAAGGAUGCUUCAUAUGAAGAUUUGUGCUUCAAAAAUAUUUCACUGAUUGGUGUGCGCUCAUCUGCAGCAUGGCAUUGCGAGUAUAUUUCAGGCUUUGCCAGCGAGGUGUUUCCUGUGCCGUGUCCUGAGUUGCAUAACAAUGGCACUUCAUCCUGGUGUUUACCUUCAUGAUUUCCCGUGAAAUGAUAAUAAAUGUUUCCAACAUGCACCGGAAAAUCAGAGGGCCUCCGUUGUUACACCUUGAGAAGUUGACUCCUGCUUAAGCCAGAUUAUUUGAGGUUUCGAACCACUAAAAAAUGUGACUGAAUUGACCUUAAGCCCGAAUGAAAACUGAUCUCCUAGCCCUGGUUGGCGCGGAUGAAUUGCUGGUGGGUUUAUGAUUGCAACACGCAAAGUUUCAUUGGAUUGGUAUCAUGCUCUCUUACUCCUCACGGUAGCUAAAGAUGUAUGCAAGUGCGCCUUAAUGUGCUGAGGUGUAUAGGAUGAUCCAACUUGUCAUUAUAUACUGAAUUACUGAUGUAUAAGGAUUUUUGCAUAUUUGGGAGAGAGGGAGGAGUUGAAUAUACAGGGACACUAUACAAUGUAGAAAAAAUAAAUUUGAUUAACAGGAAAGCUCAUUCUUUUUAGCUCAA